AUGCCAAGCGCGUUGGGGCAGGUGCGACAGUACACUUGGCAGCAGUGUUGGACUAAAACGGCUGAGAUCUUAGAAUUAGCAGGUAAUGCAUCACGUGACAAGAAGAAGAUCCGCAUCAUUCCUCGCCAUUUGCAGCUGGCCAUUCGUAAUGCUGAGCUUAACAAGCUCAUGGGGGGUGUGACUGUUGCUCAGGGUGGCGUCAUGCCCAAUAUCCAGGCUGUGCUGCUACCCAAAACGACCGAGGAGCCACCCUCACAAAGUACAGAGCUAGGAAUCGUAGUGCAGAAUGCCAGUGAGCAGUCCAAAUGUCUGGUAAACUGA